AUGAGAGUGACAUCGGAAUUGACGGCGCCCGAAGUUGGGGGGGUCACUCGCCGCCUCUGCCGGUGGUGCCGCCGUGGUGCGGCGGCGGCCUCGGAGUACGUCGAGAUCGAGAGCAUAUUGAGAUUUAGGGGAAUCGAUGAGCCGUCGCGGGAUUUAGAUACACUGAAACAGAUCCUCGAGGCAUUGCAGCUCAAAGGACUUCUACACUCGGGGAAACCGCCAGAGCAUAUUCAGGUCAGGCACCGGAACUUCAUCUACGACGAGUCCCCAGUUGUCAUCGUGGGGACUCCGAGAUCGUCAGGUUCAUCUCCGAUUAACUGGAGACGGGGAAUCAACUGCUCGCCGAGCGGUGGCCGCAACCAAAUCGGUUACAAUUCCCACUCGCCGGAGCCCGAGCCCGAGCCCAAUCACCACAGCUAG